AUGCAUCGAACCGUGAACCUGGAUAGAGCUGCGAGGGAGUACCCGCUGUCGAAUCCGGCUACCGACUUCGAGAGCUCGCCGCGUGUAACUACCAACGGCGUUGCAGGGUUGACCGCCAUGUCAAGCCCUUCGGCGAAGAGCAGAAGUUCGGCGUGUACCUCGUGGUCGUCUCUGGAUCGGUGGGGAAGGACGUUGUGCUACGCUGCUCGGAGGGAAAGUGUCGAAAGACAGGUUACGCGCAUUGACAAUGAAGUUGAUACGCGGAUAGGUGAUGAUCAAUCGCCACUCAACUUGACUUAUGGUGCGGCUGUUUUGGCAAGUUGA